CGCGCACGCAUAUGCAGCCGACCCUGGCUGAGGUACCACUCUCUCCUCCUCCAUCUGGAUCAGUAUCCUCAACUCUUUUCAUGCAAACCUCUCUGAUUCUGCACACUGUCCUUGGAAACUCGGACACACUUUGCUCCACCGGACAACUCCACGUAUAAAGCCUGAUUGUGUGAGUAAGUUUUCCGCGCCACGGCCGCAGCGGACAGAGCCACAGCGAGCGCGCAGCAUGGAGCCCUACACGGUUCCCGGAGAUCAGCUCUCCCUGUCCGACCUCUACUCUUACAUCCCCUUCAAUGUCACAUUCCCGGACGAGGGCUUGUUGGGCGACGACCGGCUGCAGAACUACACGGAGCGGCAGAGCCCGGCGAGGAGCGCCGGGGGGAUGAUCAUAGCCAUAUCCAUCACGGCGCUCUACUCCGUCAUUUGCGUGGUGGGACUCCUGGGCAACAUCCUCGUCAUGUACGGGGUGGUCAGGUACACCAAGAUGAAGACGGCCACAAACAUCUACAUCUUCAACUUGGCCCUCGCCGAUGCCUUGGCCACCAGCACGCUGCCUUUCCAAAGUGCCAAAUACCUCAUGAACACUUGGCCGUUUGGGGAAGUCCUGUGCAAGCUUAUUAUUGCCAUUGAUUAUUACAACAUGUUCACGAGUAUCUUCACCCUCACCAUGAUGAGCGUGGACCGCUACAUCGCCGUGUGCCACCCCGUCAGGGCGCUGGAGUUUCGUACGCCAGUCAAGGCCAAGCUGAUCAACGUGCUCAUCUGGGUGCUGUCGUCAGCGAUUGGAGUUCCCAUUAUUGUCAUGGCUGUGACCAAAGUGGCAGACAAUGGUAGAACCAUGUGCAUGCUGAAGUUCCCUGACCCGGAUUGGUAUUGGGACACGGUGACUAAGAUCUGCGUCUUCAUCUUUGCUUUUGUGGUUCCUGUAAUGGUCAUCACCAUAUGCUACGGCCUGAUGAUCCUUCGUCUGAAGAGCGUCCGCCUGCUUUCAGGCUCAAAAGAGAAAGACCGCAACAUGCGCCGCAUCACCCGCAUGGUGCUGGUGAUUGUGGCUGCCUUCAUUAUCUGCUGGACCCCCAUACACAUCUUCAUCAUCGUGAAGACCAUGGUGGAGAUAGACACGAGGAAUCCCCUGGUGAUAGCCAGCUGGCACCUGUGCAUCGCUUUGGGCUACACCAACAGCAGCCUCAACCCUGUGCUCUAUGCAUUUUUGGAUGAAAAUUUCAAGCGAUGCUUCAGAGAUUUCUGCCUCCCCUGUCGCACCCAUGUGGAGCAGAACAGUCUGAGCAGAGGCCGCAACACCACCAGGGAGCCUGUGUCCGUCUGUGCUCCAACAGAAGCAAUGAAAAAGCCAGCAUGACUAGGCAUGGACGGGGUCCCCCAUGGCUCUCGCUCAAGGAGGAUCCAACAAGAUCUGCAAUCGGAGGAAACUCAGAUCUCCACAACAGAGUUUUGAAAUAUCUCCACAAGAAAAGCUAGUGUCAAAAUACAGUCAAACUACGUAUCGUCUCCAGUUUGAGUCACAGGAACAGCUAAAGUUAUUGGAAAAUUUGUUUCACUCUGAUCUUACAUUUCUAUUAAAGUUCUGAUAACAAAGCCAGGUUACAGAAAAAUUAAAUCUCCACCUCCAUGAUUUGUCUACCUAGAAGACCAUGAUUUAAGAUAACAGGACGUUUUGAUGAUGAAAAACGAGACAAGGAAACACCUGCAGGUUUCUGCCUUGUCGAGCAACGAAUGCAUCAGCAGACACAACCCAUCAAAGAGCAUUGUACUGAAUCAGACAGGCUCUGUCAAGAUGAAUCUUGUGCAACAGUAUAAAACAUUGGCCUUUUGAAGUCAGACUUUGUUAUUCCUUUUAAGAAACACUUGCCUGUACAUUCAGAGAAGCAAAUGAGAUAUUGGUGAUGGAGUACUUUGAAGGAAAACUACACACCAGAAACAAAACUUUACAUCAACACAAAACAAACAAGCCUUUUAGAGGUUAGCUUUUUCUUUUUUCUCUUGGAUGGGGAACUUUUUUCUGAUCAAGAGCCAUUUCAACUUUUAUAAAAUUCCUCCUUAGGCCAUACUAAAUUAUUGAACACAUAUCACACUAACCUCUAUAAUAUGAUGGCCGAAACUGCUUCUCUUUGUCAAGACGUCUGAAGUCAGAUGGUAGUGAUGAUGCUUUCGCCUGCUGGAUUUAGGCAAAACAACUUGCUCAAAGGCCAUAGAGAAAGACUGUCGCGCGCUGCCCUUCUGUUCUUUUCAAUAUCCUGUGCCAUAUCAGUAAUUCACCCUUUAGAAAAAUGUGACUUUGUCAGGUUGAGCAGCAACAAGACCAGCUAUUAGCUAAACUUGCGUGUGUAGCAUUGUCUCGAUCAAUAUGUGGUCUUGUGAAAGCUGCUUUUUGGACACACAAUCUUCGCUGAAGGCCGUUAACUUUAUCCAAGAACAGUUGUCGUCAAAGAUGAGCUACACAUGUUACCAGCUGUAAAGAUGCUUGAGAUUUGCCUUCUUCGCAACAUUUUGCAUCAUCUUUUCUCUUCUUGACAUUUACCAUGCUGUUUGUCAGUGAUGACACAUAAUAGAACAUGUGUGUUUUGUUACUCUGACAGUGCGCUGACAGGCAUACAGCCAGAAGGGACCGCCCUGAAGGACAUGAAGAAAUUGCUCUCAUGAAUUGUUUUUGUAUUUCUGAGUUGCCUAUUUUGUAUUGAUGAGAUGCCUUCCUGGCCGGAUCAAACUGUCUUGCAGACUGUAUAUAACCUGUUGGCUGAAGGUUCCCUAUUCCUGCUUUAGACUGAUGUAAAUGUCUGCAACCAUCAACUGUGUUGAAAGUGAGAUUAGGAGCUUUCAUGGAGGGUGUCGGUCCCAAAGAGAGCCUCCGAGCAGAAUCACUGCAGAAUGAUCAAACCUGUCACUGAAGAAUCCUGUUGGCGCCAACAACACUUGACUCCUUAUUGGAUUCGGUGUUACAUCAAAUAUAGUCAUAGAGCAUCGACUGAGAGCAGCUCCAUCAAAGUGCUGAUAAAGAUGACUGUCUUGAUGUCAGCAAACAAACUGCUUCAAGAAGAUUAUUGCUCUGCAAUUUAAAUGGGUAAAAAGGGCUGUCAUCUGUCUCACUGAAAAUCUUUAGCAGAUUGAAGAGAUACUGAGUGGCAUUAACCAGAGGGGUAAAUUAUUCUGGGUAAUGUAUUUACUCCAAUGGAUCUUCACACCAAUCCCUUUAUAGGCAUCAAUCAAUAGGUGCUGUGAAGUUAAUGAACAUUUCAUCUUUGCAUAACAGAUGAGUCAGCAGUAUUAAUGCAGAGUUGAUUGCUGUUGCUCUCAUGUGCAACUAUUUUAAAGGCUUAAUACACUUGUGUUGACACGUUAACACAUUAUGUUAAAUAUAUGUUGAAUGUAAAGUUGGCAUUCUGAAGCAUGCUGAAGCAGAAUAAGCACAUUCAAACAGAACAUAAAUCCAAAAAGGUAAAUAAUAAAAAAGAAUGUGAAUUUGUAGAUAAUAUAAAGCUUUUAUAUUUUAACAAUUUGUCUUCAGCCAAAAAUGACUAAAAGAUCAACCUGUGAUUUUCUGUGUUUUCUUCACACUAGAUUUCAUUAAUUCAGUGCAGUGCAUUAAGCUCAUGGAAAAAACGGAGAACUAAAAGUAGGAAGAUUCAGAUUCAACAGUUGCUUGUGGGUUAACUCCAGAGUUACCAACAGAGACAGAAACAGUAAACAUUUGCUUUUCUGUGUACGGCAAGAGAUUGGCAAUUUUACAGUGUGAUACAUUCCUAAAUAUUUUUCUUGCAAGGAAAGUGGUGAUUUAAAGUGUACUGUACUGUAUAUACCCGCUCUCUGCUUAGCUUUAAAAAAGUGUUGCCUCUGUCAGGUGGAAUGUCUCUCAUUGUUUUUGCAAAAUCAAACUAUUUAAGGGCAGCAUGUAUAAAAAUAGUUUUCCUAACAAAAAAAACUCUUGGGGAAAAGCGCAUUUGAUUAAUCGAUGGGUUAAAAUAUAUGUAAUCAACCACAUGCUUUCAGAGUAGGAUUAAAGGGCGGGAGUGAGUUAAAUGGAUUUUCUUUAGAAUUAUCACAUGGGGAAGAAAAAUUGAUAAUGUUUUCAUCAAAUUGUAGGAACAGAAUUAGCCUCAUUGUCGAUAAUUUGUCAUUCUUCAAUGUUCAAAUUGUUACUGGAUACUGAAUUUGCUCUGUGUGGUCGAGUUCAAAAGGAACAUUCAGUAAAAUUUCACCAUCUCGUUGCACAAAGUGACAAUAACUAAGUAGCGGAGGCAUCCAAGUGUUACGAUCAAUGCCGGACAUCCAACUUUGGCUUAAUGGCUUCGCAGAUUUGCAAUCACUCUCUUCCACACCUGAGGCCAUUCGGAAAUGAAACUCUUCUCCUGCAGCUGCCAUACCCUCUGACCUUCACUACCAUGAAAUAUGGAGGAGCAAACAGCAGCCAAUCAAAAUGUCAAUGUCAAAAACAUUUCCCAAAUUACCCCCUAAAACCCAUGUUUUGGAAUGCCAGCACAAGAUAAAUUAGAGUCAUCAAGCAGGUGGCAGCAGCACGCCAUCAAAAUUGAUUACUAAAAUAUUCUCUAUAAUGAGAUUUAAUUCAGUUAAUCAGUCACCAGAACCUUCACCAGAGCUUAUUUGUGUGCAGAGUAUUAAUGAGAAUAUUAAUAUUAAGCAUCGUAAAACAUUGAUGGGAAAAAAAUCACAGGCUAAAAACACUGAAAAUAACUGAUCACAGAAAAAAAAACUGAAUUACUUUCCAAGAGAUAUAUUUUUGUUUGUUCUUUAAAUUCUCACCUGGUCACUAUAGGGUUAAGGUUGUGGUCAUGGCAACUCAAACACAGGAUCUGUCUGUACAAGGCAAACAUUGAUAUGUGAAUAUGGAUAAUGUGCUUACAUGUAAAACUUGGAAACAGGGUCUGGUUUUUGUCAAUUACCCCAUGGAUGUUUGUGGACACCAGUGUGAUUUUCUGUAGUAACUCAUUCAAGCCUUGUUUUAUCAUGUUCCCUUUAAUUAACUUAGCUAUUGAUGAACGACACUGUGUGGAUAAGGUGUGUGGGAGGGAUGGGAGGAAAGCACGUGGGAGGUGAGGUAGCGGAGCGGAGGCUGUUGCUCAGACAUGUUAGAGGAGCUACUGAAGUGUUAAUGAAGACUUCAUAUUACUGAUUGCACCUUUAUUCCGUCUCCUCUGCUCUCACAUCCUUCUUUUCAGUAUUUUGUUAUUUACCUUGUAAUAUUGUCAUCAAAUGUUUUGCCUUUUUUUUCUACUUGCUAUAAAACUGCUUUACAUUGUAAACUCAAUACCGAAAAGCUUGUGUGAAUAUAAAAACUUGACAUUUGUGUAAGACGCAAAUUAUCUGUAAAACCAAUAACUACAGUACAGUGUGUAAGGCAAUUGUCUGCUGAUGAUACUUGACACUAUAGUCUGUCUUUUGUUGUGUUAGCUUCUUCAUGUGCAU